UCUAACCUCAAAGGUUGUUUAUUUAUGUUUAUCGAGUUGACAAUAGUUCCACAGUGAAAAUACAUAAUUAAAUAGAGACAAAAAAUAGUGAAAAUGUCUCAGGAAAAUCCAUCAUUGGGUAAUUUACAGUCUGUGGGCCCCAACAAUCAGUCUCCCAUGACAAUGCAGAGUAAUUCGUCAGAGUGCAGUCAACAAAAUCAACAACAACAGAAUGCUCACACGCCACAGCAAAAGCAGAAUCCACAGUUAUCGUCGACUCCUGAUUUCCUGACGAAGACGAGACUCCAGGAGCUGGUGAAGGAGGUAGACUGCACGGUGCAACUGGACGAGGAAGUCGAGGAGCUGCUCCUGCAGAUUGCUGAUGACUUCGUGGAGACUACCGUCCAUGCCGCUUGUCUACUCGCUAAACACCGACAUGCUAAUACGGUGGAGGUCAAGGAUGUGCAGCUGCAUUUAGAGAGGAAUUGGAACAUGUGGAUCCCAGGUUUCGGCACCGAUGAGGUCCGCCCUUACAAGCGUGCAACAGUGACAGAAGCCCACAAACAACGUCUGGCGUUAAUAAGAAAGUCCAUAAAAAAAUACUAGGUUUUUCAAAACAAUUUUUUCUUUUAUUAAUAAUGAUGUUUCCACUGAAUGAGACUCCAGUCUCAAUCACCGACACUUGAGUUAAUCCUGUAAAGCGUAUUUAUCGAGUGCAACUGAUCGAAAAGUGUCCUCAACGAGAUCAGCCAGGCACCUGACAGCCUGAAGCAAUGCUGCCAGUAAAAGUGAAAACGAGAGAGAGAUCAAUUUGCCCGGUACAAGUGCAUUAUCCGGAUUAGGCAACGAAUUAACUCUCGGAUAAUUCUUCUUCCCCAUUGAUUCAUCGAUCUUGACAUCAAUAUGAUUCGCGGUAUUAUCCGACUUGGCUGUACAAAUAUUAUCAAACUUUCGACGACAGUCCCUAGCUCUCUCAUUAAUUUCAUUGAAAAUACAAUCAUUUGAUUUAAUACUCGUACCACCACUGACUCUUCUCUUUUUCUCCCUAGCGAACAUCUCCAAAGCACCAUGAGAAGAAGCUUUUCUAUACCCCCCACUGCCCCCAUUAUUCUUAGAAAAAUAACAAUGAUCUAGUGAUGUUUUCCUUCGUCUCUUGAACGCUUCCACGUCCAACGAAUUUUUCCUCCUACGACGAAAGUUUCUCCUCCCCUUUUCACAUUACCAUUUGAAUUAAACUUAAUAGACCGAUUUUUCUUCUUAUCUAUAUCAAAAGGAGGUUCCAUUAAAAAAGUAGGUUUUCCAAAACUUUUUCCUCUUUUAUUAAUAAUAAUGUUUUCACUGAAUAACUCCAGCCUCAAUCACUGACACUUGAGUUAAUCCUGUAAAGCGUAUUUAUCGAGUGCAACUGAUCGAAAAGUGUCCUCAACGAGAUCAGCCAGGCACCUGACAGCCUGAAGCAAUGCUGCCAGUAAAAGUGAAAACGAGAGAGAGAUCAAUUUGCCCGGUACAAGUGCAUUAUCCGGAUUAGGCAACGAAUUAACUCUCGGAUAAUUCUUCUUCCCCAUUGAUUCAUCGAUCUUGACAUCAAUAUGAUUCGCGGUAUUAUCCGACUUGGCUGUACAAAUAUUAUCAAACUUUCGACGACAGUCCCUAGCUCUCUCAUUAAUUUCAUUGAAAAUACAAUCAUUUGAUUUAAUACUCGUACCACCACUGACUCUUCUCUUUUUCUCCUUAGCGAACAUCUCCAAAGCACCAUGAGAAGAAGCUUUUCUAUACCCCCCACUGCCCCCAUUAUUCUUAGAAAAAUAACAAUGAUCUAGUGAUGUUUUCCUUCGUCUCUUGAACGCUUCCACGUCCAACGAAUUUUUCCUCCUACGAUGAAAGUUCCUCCUCCCCUCCUCACACUUUCUCACAUCACCAUGUGAAUUAAAAUUAACAGACCUAUGUCUCGUAUCCCUAAGACUCCUAGUGCUAUCACUAUUCCUAUUACCACAUUGUCUAGUUGGAAGAUUAUCAAGGCUGGCAAUGAGACUGAUAUUUUCACCCUCAUCACUGUCACCGUUAGACACCGAUGUCUGUUCAUUACUGAAUACCAUACU